AUGUUCAAUAACGAUGAGCAAGCCCCUCCACCAUACGACUUCAUAGACAAGGCCAUCACACCCCCAGGAAACCCAUUGACAGAAUCUCACCAACAUCAGCGUACAUCGAAAAAUGUAGCCAGUGUCUCGCCAACUCUCGCAGCUCCGAACAACCCCAUCCUCCUCGCUCGUCUCUUUGGUAAAGGCUCAAGCACAAAACUAAUAGUUUCCACUCGAACUUCAUUGGAGGCGUACAAUGCCAUAGAUGGCUCGCAUCUCUGGCAAAUGCAUGGCCGUGACUCUUCAGUUAUGAGCGAUGGCAUCCCCACACAAUUUACAGGCAAAAUCAGCUCCUCAUAUGACGGGAACCUGGUCAGUGCCUUGGUCGACGAUGACGCGGAGAAUCCCAAGUUCAUCAUCAUUGACGGAAAUACAGGCGGCCUGGUACACCGAUUCAAACUACACAGUGACUGCGGCGACUUCUCAUGCCUGUCCUAUAUGAAGUCUAUGUUUGGGGCAUUCUACUGGACGGAGAAUGAGGCGAGCUGUAUCAUCGCACAGCCUAUUAGACCGGUUGAAGGGGCGGAACCCAGUUCGUUUUGGGCCGAAAAGGUUCCCGCGGGCCGCUGUGUCACCAUGGCAUUCGCGCCUGAUGAGAGACACAUCAUCGUUUGCCAGGGACCCGACGUCCUCCCAGCUAGUGGUACUGGUGAUGUUAAUACGCGGAGGCACGGGCAGAUGGGCAAGAAAUCCGAGAAGAGGCACACCAACCCGGGGAAAGAGAGGGCCGCAAGCAGGAGUUCUAAAAACACCGACUUCACGAUUAGCAUCUGCGUCUACAACUUUGCCAGGGGGGAGUGUGUCCGCCGGAUAACCUUCCCUGGCAAAUCUCCAGGCUUCAUGGGCCCAUUCGACGUUUUCCGACCACCUGCAUUCACGCCGCAGUUUCACUUCCCCAAUCAGUAUAACUGGCUGGUCUCGUUCCCCGACUAUGGCUCCGUUAGCGGUGCCAAUAUCCGGAUUGUUGAUGCCAGUACAGGAGAAACGAUGACGAGUAUCGUUGCCAAACAGAGUAUGGCCGGUAAGAUGCGGGCGGGACUCAGGUGGUCGCUUCUGGGGCUCGAUAGUCAGACAGGUAUAUGGACAAAGCUAGAGGAGAAGCCUACUGUGCUGACAACCUCGUGCAAAACACUCAUCAUCACCAAGUGGCAGGAGGGUUUUACGGGAGCCGGUCCGGUAACAGAAACCUUGACGGUCGGGUCGGGUGACAGUUGGAGUUUGUCUCCGGAUGGCACCUACUUGGCAAUCCAACGGGCUGGUGGUGUUGUGAUUGAUAUUAUAGCCUUGAGAAGGUGCAUUUGA